GGCUGAAUGAGAGGCUGCAGCCACGAGACUGCACGGCGCAUUGCAGAGCCAAACACAACACACAAGACAGGAAAACAGAGGAGAGAUCUGCACUGCUCCAUCACCUCCAUUACGCACACACACACACAGCAUGACCACACAAACAACAGCCAGCUGUAGUCCUGACUCUGCUUCCAGAGAAGAUCAGAGGAGCUGAUCUGACAGAGGAGGCAUACUGAGAGAGGCUACUCUUUGUGAACACCCUGAAAGGCCUCGGCAGCAUCAUCUGAAGGAGGAGGGGCUCGCUGGCUGCUCCCGCCAAAUCACGUGAGGCCUUCCUCGUCCGGUAACCAUGGCAACCAGCACCGGUCCAGCCUGCAUCUCGCUGCCGCGGUGAGGAGGAGGAUACAAGAGAGGGAGAGAGGUAUAGAGAAAGAGAAAGAACGCGAGAUAGGAAGAAGCCCUGAAAACACAUACAAAUACAUGCUGCGCCCUGGAGCUGCCACGGAUAUUCCCACAGAUGAAGAUGUCUGAAGCAGGAAGUUGAACGUGUAAAACACAGUCACUGACUGAGUGUGCCAGGGCCAGUCCCAUAAUCCCCUUCGUGGGGUGAGGGACCAUGGGAGAUGGAGGUGCCAGGGCAGCGGGAGAGGGGGUCAAUCAGUCCCAUGUACUGUUUGACCGCUUUGUUCAGGCCACCACAUGUAAGGGCACCCUUAAGGCCUUUCAGGAGCUGUGUGACUUCCUCGAGCUCAAGCCCAACGAGUACCGGGUCUUCUAUCACAAACUCAAGUCCAAGCUCAACUACUGGAAGGCCAAGGCACUGUGGGCCAAGCUAGACAAACGUGCCAGCCACAAGGAAUACAAGAAAGGCAGAGCCUGUGCCAAUUCUAAGUGUCUGAUUAUUGGAGCAGGACCAUGUGGCUUGCGCACGGCUAUAGAGCUUGCUUUUCUGGGAGCCAAGGUGGUCUUGCUGGAAAAGAGAGAUGCUUUCUCCCGCAACAAUGUCCUCCACCUCUGGCCCUUCACCAUUCAGGAUUUACGGGGACUUGGUGCCAAGAAGUUCUACGGAAAAUUCUGUGCAGGAUCCAUAGACCAUAUCAGUAUUCGUCAGCUGCAACUUAUGCUGCUGAAAAUGGCUCUGCUGCUGGGUAUCGAGAUCCACGUCAACGCAGAGUUUAAGGGUCUCAUCGAGCCGCCAGAAGACCAGGAGAAUGAACGGAUAGGCUGGAGAGCAGAAGUUCAUCCCAGAACGCAUCCAGUCAAUGAGCUGGAGUUUGACGUCAUCAUCGGGGCAGACGGGAGAAGAAACACACUGUCAGGUUUUAGAAGGAAAGAGUUCAGAGGCAAACUGGCCAUCGCCAUCACCGCAAACUUCAUUAACCGCAACACUACAGCCGAGGCCAAGGUGGAGGAGAUCAGCGGGGUGGCCUUCAUCUUCAACCAGAAGUUCUUUCAGGACCUUAGGGAAGCUACAGGGAUUGAUCUGGAAAACAUUGUCUACUAUAAGGAUGACACACACUACUUUGUAAUGACUGCCAAGAAGCAGAGUCUGCUGGAGAAGGGUGUCAUUUUGCACGACUACGUGGACACAGAGAUGCUUCUGUCCAGGGCUAACGUGGACCAAGCCGCUCUGCUGUCCUACGCCAGAGAGGCAGCUGACUUCUCCACCAAUCACCAGCUGCCCACACUGGACUUUGCCAUCAACCAUUAUGGACAGCCUGAUGUGGCCAUGUUUGACUUCACCUGUAUGUACGCCUCUGAGAACGCAGCACUGAUCCGGCAGCGCAAUGGCCACCAGCUACUGGUAGCACUGGUGGGAGACAGCCUUUUGGAGCCAUUUUGGCCAAUGGGAACUGGCAUUGCCCGAGGCUUCCUGGCAGCCUUAGACUCAGCGUGGAUGGUGAGGAGCUGGGCUCAGGGUGCCUCUGCUCUGGAAGUUCUAGCAGAGAGGGAGAGCAUCUACCGGCUACUUCCGCAGACCACUCCAGAGAAUGUCAGUAAGAACUACAGCCAUUAUACUGUGGAUCCCACAACACGAUAUCCAAACAUCAGUCUGCAUUUACUCAGACCCAACCAGGUCCGACAUCUCAUAGAUACUGGAGAGAACAGGGAAAUCCGAAUCGACAUGGAGAAUGUGGUCAACUCUUCUACUCCCAAACUCAUGAGAAAUGAACUUCUGCUUGAGAAGCAGUUGCAAGAGUCUAUUGCACGCUCCAGUAAGCUGCUGAACUGGUGUCAGAGGCAGACAGAGGGCUACCGAGGGGUCAGUGUGUCUGACCUCACCACGUCCUGGAAGAGUGGCCUGGCUCUGUGUGCCCUCAUCCACCGCUACCGACCGGACCUCAUCGACUUUGAAUCCCUGGAUGAGAAGGAUGUGGAGAAGAACAACCAGUUGGCAUUUGAUGUGUCUGAGAAGGAGUUUGGGAUAUCGCCCAUUAUGACUGGGAAAGAGAUGUCCGUUGUGGUGGAGCCUGACAAGCUUUCUAUGGUCGUGUAUCUUACUCAGUUCUAUGAGAUGUUCAAGGACACUGUGCCUCCUGGUGAAAACCACAAUCUAAGUCCAGAAGAGAAGGCCGCUCUGAUCGCCAGCACAAAGUCACCCAUCUCCUUCCUCAGCAAACUGGGUCAGAGUAUUAACAUCUCAAGGAAGCGCAAUCCCAAGGAUAAGAAGGAGAAGGAGAUGGAUGGAGUGGGGAAGAGGAGAAAAACGAGUCAGGCCGGCCAGUCUGAAGAUGAGGAGCUGCAGCAGGGGGUCGGUAAUGAAAGGUCCACAGCCCUGACGGAGCGCAGAAUUGACACCACAGCAGCGGCUAACAAUAACAAGGUGAAGUCAAUGGCCACCCAGCUACUGGCCAAGUUUGAGGAGAACGCCCCUGCACAAUCCACUGGACUCAAGAGACAGGGGGAGUCCAUGCCUAAUCUGUCAGUUUUGGAACCCCCCUCUCCACCCCCCGCCCCUUUGAAAGAGUCAGUGCCCAUGCGCCUGGCCCCGGUUCCUGCAUGGAGAAAGAGGCGGACUCAGUUGCAGGAACAGAUGAGUUUUCGGUAUAAAGAGAGGGUGAAGUGUCAGACUCUACCCAGCAGAGGGGAACAGGCCAUCAGGAGCAGCGAUGGUCUGCGAAGCUGCCCUAAGAAAACCAUUCUGCUCUCUUCUUCUUCUCCUCCUUCAACCUCUGCAUCCUCCUCUCCACCGCUCUCUCCAUACACACAGAGCAGUGAUCACAAAGUGGAGGUAAAUGCUUAUGGUGAGAAGCAGGAUGAUCUUGGCACCUCCCAGGACCGUUUUGCGCUCUAUUACAGGGAGGCAGGCCUCUGGCCUGAGGAGACAUCUGAGCCCUUUCAGGCCCCUACCAUUCAGGAAAAAGCAGAAACACUAGCCACCAAGUUUACAAGGCAGCCUUGCAAAGCUGAUAAGCCACAGCCUAUGAAAAAACCCUCCCACUUCUUUCUCGAGCAGUGGCUGCUGACCCACGGGCUGGCUCCUCAGCAGCCCACCUACUUCCCUGACCCUCAGCUGCAGGAGAUCCAGAGAUUAGACUCUGAUGAUCAAGUGCCUUUGCAUAUCCCCAGCAUCCGGGAGCGAGCAGAGAGGUUAACCUCUCUGUUUAAAGACAAGCCCAGCAGGCCCAAGCCUAAGAAAAAGCCCUCACGGUUCUUUAUUGAGCAGUGGCACAGAGUGCGAGAAAUUCCCACAGACAGCCCCCUCCCCUCUCCUGCCUCACUCCGACAGCGAUAUGUAAGAAUGUAUACAGGGGGAGUAAGCUCAUUGGCUGAGCAAAUAGCCAGUCAGCUUCAAACUCAGGACAACCCCAGACUCUCUCUUGAGAAGAGGGAUUUGGGUUCUUUGCGGAAGGAGUUUCCUCAGAACAUUGGGGGCAGUGAUGUGUGUUUCUUUUGCCGGAAGCGCGUGUACGUGAUGGAGCGUCUGAGUGCGGAGGGAAAGUUCUUCCACCGCAGCUGCUUUAAGUGUGACUACUGCGGCACCACCCUGCGCCUCUCCUCCUACGCCUUCGAUGUGGAGGACGGAAAGUUUUACUGUAAGCCUCACUACUGUUAUCGCCUGUCUGGUCAGGCCCAGAGGAAGAGGCCUGCUCCUGCUACUGCUCCUCUCCACUCAAAGGAGCCCCAGGCCCCAGCGGUAGCUCCAGUCACUGUGGACGCACCCGGCCGAGCGGCAGCCGCUCAGGCCCCUGCGGAGCGCCGGCCCUCAGUUCCAGAAGUCAAUGGGGUGGGUGAGCCCAGCCUGGCCAAGCGUCUGAGAGGGACCCCCGAGCGCAUCGAGCUGGAGAACUACCGGCUGUCCAUCAUACAGCGUGAGGAGGAGCUGGAGGAGGUUCCUGAGGAGACUCUAGCAGAACACAACCUCAGCAGUGUGCUGGAUAAAGGAACAGACGUAGACGAUGGCUCCAGUAGCUCCGAGUCUGACAUGGAGGAGGAAGAUGAGGAGCUGGAGCCGGCUGGACCAUCAGACCUCGGAGGAGUUCCUUGGAAGGACGCUGUGGAGAUCCACGCCAAACUGAAGAGUGGGAGUGACACUGGGGCAGGAAGGGAAGAUGGAGAACACAGGGAGGGAGAGAUGGAGGGUGAGGAUGAGGAGGAUGAGGAAGAUGAAGAGGAGGAGGAAGAAGAAGAGGAAGAAUCAAGUGAUGAGGGGGAGUAUUGCCCCUGGGAGUGGGAGCUCCAGUCAGGUGUAUGGCUGGAGAACCUCACAGAUGAAGAGGAAACGGGUACAUUUAAAGCCAGGAACCUGAAGAUUGACCAAGUCCUGCUGCCAGUGGACCCUUUGCUCCCUCAGAAGGACCCCAAAGCGCUGGAGGGGGACAGGGAGGGUCCCUCAGGCUCAGUCUCGGGCUCACAACCUUCACUCCCCAGCCAGUCCACCCAGCCUACGUCUAGCACAGCCCCUUCCCACACUUCUGCGCGCCACGAGGCUGUCAGGGCCUGGCUGGACUCGAUGUCUGGAGAGCCCUGUGAAGAGGAGGAUGACCCAGAUGCUGAGGCAGGGAGUCCAGAUAUCGAGCCAGGCACCGAGCUGGACGAAGAGGACAUCCCUUCGGAUGCAGAGGCUGAAGCUCGUUCUCAGCGUGUUGACGAUGCGGAGCCUCUCCCAGUGGAUACUACCAAGCCGGAGAGCAUUGAACAUGUUUGCAGAAAGGAGCACGUCUCUGCUAGCCCAAGAGAAUUCAUAGUGGAUGUAAUUCUCUCUCCCAUACAAAAACCUGUUACACCCGUUGAGGAGAACAAAGAGAAACCUUUACCAGUACUGGUUAAAUCUCCAGGCACUCGUUUUUUCUCCGAGCCAUUUCUUCCAGAGGAUAUCAAACAACAAAUGUCAACUGUGCCAACUUCUCCAACUGCACCAAUCGUGCUGACCCCUGAAGCCAAGAGUCCUAAAUCCCUAGUUGCUGUGACAUCCCCUAUUCGCUCCCAACCAGCACCCUUACCGGAAACAGUCACCCCCAAGUCCCCUAUUCAGCCUGAUCCCUGUGCCUGCUCACCUUCAAGCAACCCCUUGUCUCCAAUAUGUGCUCAGCCUCUUCCAUGCCAGGAACCUUCCUCUCCCCUGUCCACAGGCUCUCCUGUAAGGACUCAGCCAGUUCCUGCUGUAACAUCCACCCCACUGGUCAAACCCAUUCCCCUGGAGAGGAAAACCCCCGAAUCCCUAAAAACUCAGGACACAAUAGAGGAGACUCCAGUCAAAAAGGCGGACAUCAUAGAGGAGUUCUGGAUGAAGAGCGCUGAGAUUAGGAGGAGCUUGGGUCUCACCCCACUGGACAGGAGCAGAAGUAUAAUUGAGAAAAGCAAAGUCUCUACACCCGAGCCAAUAUCGCCCAAAUCUCAGACUCCAGAGGACCUUUCUGAAGAGAUGAAACCCACCUUCACUGGCCGCUCAGUCAUCCGGAGGCUCAACAUCACCUUGGAAGGUCAAGUCAUCUCUCCAGUAGAACCCAAAAGCAAUGGCUCGGAUAGAAGGGAACUGAGCACCAGCUCUGGUUUGGGCUUGAACGGUAGCACCAUGACUAGCCAAACAGCAACCAGUGACAGUUACAACAAUUCCGACUCCACCAUGCUGACACCUCCUUCCAGUCCCCCUCCACCUCCACCAAAUGAGGAGCCUGCAACACUCACCAAGAAACCUCUGGUUACAUGGGACAACUUGUGUUUAAAUAUUGAUGAACCCAAAGUUGAGCAAGCACCUUCAAAAGUGGAAAAAGCACCUUCAAAAGUAGAAAAGACACCUUCAAAAGGGGAGAAAACACCUUUGAAAGUGGAGAAAGCACCUUCAAAUGUGGAGAAAGCACCUUCCAAAAUCAAGACUCCUACCAGCCCCCCGCAGACUAAAUCUGCAACUACUCCAGUCCCUGCCCCCAGAACCAACCCUCCUGUGGUGAUGAGGACCAAGGAUCCCAAUAAACCACGACGAGAAGAGGUAAGGAAGUCCUUUGUCGAGUGUGUUGAGGAGAUCCCAUUUGCUGACGAUGUGGAGGACACCUAUGACGAUCGAACUCCAGACACUAGUGCACAGGAUAGGUUUUACACUCCACCUACCAGUAAGGUCAACAGGGACAGGGGACCACCCCUCCACCUCGCCCUGGCUAUGGAGAACGGAAAGCCCAACAUUCCUGGAGCUCUGGUGUCCAGAGCAGGGAAGGGUCCUCAGCACUUUUCUCCUGAAGCCAAAGAGAUUGCAGAAGAACGUAUGCGGGAAAGAGAGAAAUCGGUGAAGAGCCAGGCUCUGAAAGAUGCCAUGGCCAAGCAACUCAAUAAGAUGAAAGAGGCAGAGUCUGCUAAGGGUGCUGUGGCCAAAGUGGCCUGGAACGUCUCAGAGGUCACAGUUAAAAACAAAAAGCGUUCUAGUUUGCCCAAGGCUUCAGCUGUAAAAGCCUUAGAGUCCAAAAAGCAAGCGGAGGCGCCUUCUGACCGUUUCUUCACCUCACCAUUAAAUAAGAGUAUAGACAGCUCGGUCACCUCAUCUGAGAGCUCCACUGGGGCCAAGAGUAAGAAGCGCAGCUCCCUUUUCUCCCCACGCAAAAACAAGAAAGAGAAGAAGGCCAAGAAUGAAAGCAGGCUUUCCGGUACUGAAGAGACGCCUCCAAAACACAAGUCCUUGUGGAAGGCUGUGUUCUCUGGCUACAAAAAAGACAAAAAAAAGAAAGAUGACAAGUCUUGUCCCAGCACACCGUCUAGCUCCACAACAGCAGACUCAGGAGUAAAGAAAGCUUCACCUAUGACCAGAUCUUCAGAUUUGCGUUUGAGAAGAAACCUUAGCUUUUCCGAGGACUCGGAUCUUUCCUGUGAUGAUGUUCUGGAGAGAUCUUCCCAGAAAUCCAAGGCAGAUCGGCAUAUGGACUUAUUUGACCUAGUGUCCGAUUUGAAAAAAGAUGUAAUGAAGGAGGAGAAAGAGAAAGAAAAAGAGAAUAAAAGGGUAAGGCAAAGAGACAGGGUGAAGGGAAGGAGCAAGGAAAAGGCAAAGGAGAAAGGGACACAAGAAAGAAUGAAUGAAAUGGAGAGAAUAAAAUUGAUGGAGAAAAUCAUGGACAUGGAACACAAUAAAGUCGAGGAAGAGUCUGUUUAUGUUCCUCAUGCAUUGGCGUUCAAGAGAUCAUACGCCUCAAAGAAGACGUACACAGAGGAAGAGCUAAACGCCAAGCUGACACGGCGGGUCCAGAAGGCAGCUCGGCGUCAGGCUAAACAGGAGGAACUGAAGAGGCUCCACAGAGCUCAAAUUAUUCAGAGACAGCUGGAGCAGGUGGAGGAGAAGCAGAGGCAGCUUGAGGAGAGAGGAGUUGCUGUUGAAAAGGCACUACGAGGGGAAGCAGGGUUAUAUAAAGGGUCUAGUGUUAGUCCAAAACAGCGCAAGAGGCGCUCAGACUAUUGGGGAGAGUCUAAUUACAGUGAGAUCCUGGACUUGCAUCUGGGCGUUGAGCCCUAUGUCGGGACCCCUCGCUGGAGACCCCUGUCCUUCUGCCCAUGCUGUACCCCAGAAGGUAUGGGUAAAAAGGAUGAUCCGAAGCUGAUGCAAGAGUGGUUUAAACUCGUCCAGGAAAAGAAUGCCUUGGUGCGCUAUGAGUCAGAGCUGAUGAUAUUUGCUCGUGAGCUGGAAUUGGAGGACAGGCAGAGUCGACUGCAGCAGGAACUCCGAGAACGCAUGGCAGUCGAUGAUCACCUGAAGACGGAGACUGAGCUGGCAGAGGAAAAGCAGAUUCUCAAUGAGAUGUUGGAGGUGGUGGAGCAAAGGGACUCUUUAGUGGCUCUCCUGGAGGAGCAGAGACUCAGGGAAAAAGAAGAGGACAAAGACCUGGAGUCAGUCAUGCUCUCAAAGGGUUUUAAUCUUAACUGGGCUUAGUAGUAGCCGGCCCGCCCAGCAUCCUCUUCAGAGCCACCGUGGGGAAUGUAUAAACUGUACAGACUCAGUCGAGCCUGCCUGUAUCUCUCACACCGGUUCAUUCGGCAAGUAGGUGACGUUUACACAUCUUCUCACAAGCAAGUUGACAAUGUUUACGCGUCCUCCUGGUUCAGCUCAGAGCUGGCCGCUCUUCCCGCUGCUUGCUCCGCUCCACUGGGAACACAGCCAAGGCCUUGCAUCUCGGGCAAGGUGUUCUAUCAUACUUGAUGGAAGAAAAAAAUAAUCCAUUUUGAAGAUUGUAUUUUUUUUAAAGCUGUUUUUGGUUUUGUGACAAAGGAAAUCAGCAAGAAUGGUGUGGAAUGUUUGUAAACUUUUGGACUUUUCAGAAUUAACAGAGGUAAUCUGCCAAUACAGCUGGUUUUACAAUUUUACACAUUGUAGAAUGUCCCAUUCAGAGCUUGUUACAUAUUACUGCUUUGGAGAAGCAGAGACUGGUCCUUGGACUCCAUUUCUCAAUCUGUUUUUGUUUCUUUCUACAUUGACUACUGACUGAAAGUUUAAACACACUACAAACAGAGCUUUCUUUCUCUCAUUCUGUUUAAUCAGAUUCCUACAAUUAAUAGUAAAGACGUUAUCAACAAAGCAAUUAAAGCUCUCUCUGACAAUUGCAGUGUUCUGCCACAAUUCAGUUACAAAUAUAUUCCCAAAUGUUAGAUAAUGUUUUUAUUUAUUUUAUUUGUUCUGCAGAAAAGCAUGCACUGGCUUGUUUGACAUUCAGUUAAUAUCUAGAAAAUAUCCAAGUACAUAUCAAAAUCAUUCAUGUUAAGUGGAAAACAUUCUGUUUUGUUCUCUCAUCAGUAGGCCUGUCAUGAUGAUCAAAAUAUUUGGAUGUUAGCCUAGAAUGUAUUGCAAUAAAUUAUGUAAUUGCAAUUUUAGUGUAAUUGUAUGCAUAAUAAUGCAGUUUCCAACUUUUUUUAAAGAAUAAUACACCUUGUGUAAUUGAGAACAUUCAGAUGUUGGGACAUGGGAAGUUUUAAAUAUGUAUAUAUUUUUAGUAUAAAAUUAAAUAAAAUAAAAAUGUCACCUAAUUCCCAUUAAUGAAAUCUCUUAGCUAAGACAAAUUAGCCAUAAUUGGCUGUAUCGAGAUUUGUGAAAAAUGAUUUCAUGAGUUCAUGUUCAUAUACUGUGCAGGUUAAUAAUUAGUGAUAAUGUUAUUGUCAUGACAGGCCUGCCCAGCAGCCAAAUCAGGAUCAGGAGAGGAGCUUUUUUCUGGGAGCAAAAUCACAUAUCCUUUACUGUGUGUAAAUAUAGCACAUAUCCUUUAGCUGAUGUUAAAAGUGUUGGCACACUCUUGGUGGAUCAUCUCAGCUCCAGCUUCUCAUGCUAUCUAUCCCUGUGGUCUCAAGUGAUCUUACUAGUCCUACUUAACAUUAUACAGACACUUAUCAGACAGGAAUUUCUAGUAGCAACAAUACCGUUUACAAAAAUAGUGUAAUAUUUUUACUGAAGACAAUUUAGCAAGGAAAAGAAAUACAUUAACAUUAAUGAUCAAGUAGCCAGUGUAAGAGAAUACUAUGUACAUACAGUAAGAUUACUGAUACUGGAGAAUCAACCUUUUCUACUUAUUUGUAGCAGCCACAGAUAUCAAUAAGUCAUCACCCUCUGUUGCGUAAUUCACCUAAUUACAAUAUAUUCGGUUCUUAUGACAAACAAGAGAACAGAAACCUGAGCAAGAGAACAGAAAUCUGCUGCACAUUCUCAUACAAAUAUCAGCCAACCCGGAUGGAGAAGAUGCAUCUCUGAGGACCGCUCUCCCUGGCUUUGUAGUACUAUGCCUUUAUCACAUAUUACAAGCCAUCUUCUGAUCUACAUGGUUUUACACAAAUCCAUGGCUUGUUGUUUUUUUAUUUAUUUGUUUUUAUAUAAAAAAAAUGCAUUUGUAUUAAAUAUGAGUGUUCAGAUAUCACUAACAUACAGUUGCAGAAAUCAACAUGGCAGAUAAAUCUGUAUGCCUUUUGUGAACAGUACAUUUCAGCCUGGUCACCACUGAGCUGUGAGCUGUGUAGGUGGGCAGAGAUUUCUGUCAGAAAACAUAACUGUGAAUGAUGCAAAGUUACAGAAGUUCAAGGCUAGUCAUUUUAAAUUGUGUAAAUUGUUUUACAGAGUUGAAGUCUAUUGGUAUUUAUUAACAUGUGUUGGGAAAACAUGUAUUAUAUGUAAAGAAAAUGGAAUCUAAUUUUUAAACUUGUAUGUUGUUUGUCAACUCUUGUAAAUGCUUCUUGUAGCUAAUGUGCAUAUAGGAUGUUGGAUUGAAGUUGAAAUGGUAAUAAAACAAGCUUUUGUUCCA